GGAAUAUUUCCGAACGGUAUCAAAUACAGAAGGAGGAGUAGGAGCGGUCCACAAGGCUGUAUACAUUUUUUUUUGGAUGAAAAAGAGACCAGAGAACUCAGUGCAUCGGAAAAAUGUGGUUGAAAUGUAUCGGAGUUGGUUUGGUGGUUUGCGCUAUAGAAGCGCAGAUGUUCGGAAAUUUAAUUGAAACUGUGAGGUUGUACAGCGAUCCAGUUUUGAGCCCUCCCGAGGCGGAUUUCAUGUACGAGUAUGAUUUCAUAGUAGUUGGGGCUGGAUCCGGAGGAUCGGUGGUGGCUAACAGAUUGUCGGAGAACUGGAACUGGACUGUUCUGCUCCUGGAAGCGGGGAAGGAUGAAAACCUCUUAACUGACGUUCCAUUGAUGGCAGCUCUGCAGACUUCAUCUUCCUACAAUUGGGGCUACAAAAGUGAGGUAAUGAAAAGUGGAUGUUUAGGUCUAAUCGGCAAACGAUGUAACAUCCCCAGAGGAAAGGCCUUAGGGGGGACAUCGGUGAUGAAUUUUAUGCUGUACACUAGAGGUAAUAAACUAGAUUACGAUGAGUGGGAGAGUCUAGGUAAUAAAGGCUGGAGUUACAAAGACGUGUUCAAAUAUUUCCUCAAAUCAGAAGAUUGCAGCAAGUGCGAGUCAAUUGAUAAAGACUACCAUGCGAAUGGUGGUUAUUUGAAGAUACAGCAUCCGCAAUAUAAUUCUCCGAUACUCAAGAGAUUUCUCAAAGCCGGCAGCGAGUUGGGCUACAAAAUCUCUGAUCCCAACGGCAAAAACCACAUAGGUUUUUCGCAAGCGCAAGCGACCAUGGUCAAUGGAAGAAGGUGCAGUGCAAAUAAAGCGUUCUUGAAACCUUUACUGCAAACAAGACCCUUACUUCAGGUGACUACUAGAGCAAGAGUAACUAAAAUUUUGAUAAAUCCGAAAACCAAAAGAGCUUACGGCGUCGAAGUGAUAAAAAAUCGGAUUAAAUACGUGAUCAGAGCAAGAAAGGAGGUGAUUGUAUCGGCGGGAACUAUUAAUUCACCGCAUUUAUUGAUGUUAUCCGGAAUUGGUCCUAAAGAGGAUCUUGAAAAAGUUAAUAUUAAUGUUAUCAAGGACGCUAAAGUCGGGCACAAUUUGCAAGAUCAUAUGGCCUUUUCGACUCUCGCUUUCUUGGUUAACCAAAGCGUAACGGUUUCGGAUGCGAGCGUGCAAAAUCCCUCCGAUGUGCUCAAUUACGUGAUCAACGGAAAAGGUCCAUUCACCAUUCCAGGUGGUUCUCUUGGCUUAGCAUUUAUUCAGACUAAAUAUGCCAAGAAGAAGGAUUAUCCAGACAUGGAGCUGGUUUUAGGCGCUGGUGCACUGAACCAAGAUACUUUUGGUACAAUGAGGGCUUUACUCGGAAUUCCAGACAGUUUCAAUGAAAGAGUAUACGUGCCAAUCACAGGACGACCGGCCUUUGCCAUUGCCACGGUGUUGAUGCGGCCCAAGAGUCGUGGUAAAAUUCAGCUAAAAGACAACAAUCCACUCCACUGGCCGAAGAUCAUACCCAAUUAUUUUCAAAACGAAGAUGAUGUCAAGGUCAUGGUUGAGGGCAUCAAAGCAGCCGUCGCAGUUUCUAGGACACGAGCGUUCGCAGAUUUGGGUACCAGACUUCACGACAUUCCAUUCCCAGGUUGCGAAAAGUUGCGUUUCGAAAGUGACGAGUACUGGAGCUGCGCCGUGCGACAAGUCUCUACCACUCUGGGCCAUCAUGUAGGCACCUGCAAAAUGGGUCCAGACAAUCACCCGGAUGCUGUGGUGGACCAACGGUUAAGGGUCAAAGGGAUUCAAGGGCUCAGGGUUGUCGACGGAUCGGUAAUGCCAAACAUCGUUGCCGGACACACAAACUCGGUGAUCAUGAUGAUUGCCGAAAAAGCAUCGGACAUGAUCAAAGAAGACUGGCGACGUUGAAGGGAGAACUCGACGGUGAUAUACGGUGAAUACCUAUUUAGUUAACCCAAAAAGAACAAGAGACGCAACAGUGCGAGAUACUUCAAACGAGACCGGUUCUGAAAGUGCA